AAAAAAAAUGUACCGCUGUCUUUAGAAUGUUUUGAUGUUUGUUCGCAGGUUGUUUGACAAUCAGUUACUGACUAGCUCAGAAUCAAUUAUGGUUAUUUCUACUUUAAUGUAUUUGUCGCAUAACUUCACUGUAGUCUGGUAUUAUUGGAUUCUGAACGUUAUUACUGAUGUUUUGUUGUUCUUCCUAUUGUACAAUUUUUCAUUUGUAAUGAGGUGAAAGUGUGUGGCAGAUGGGGACAUCAUAGUAUAGCCAUGUAAAGCAUCAAGCAACAUGGAGAAGGAAGUCAAAGGGGUGCUGUCAAGUGAUUCCCAAAUCAUGUCACUGCAGAUGGAUACAGUUUUUUCUGGCAAUAGUUUUGUUUUUGCUGGAGAUGGGAACAAUCUUCUGGCAUCAAUACCAGAUGGUGGUCUUGACUAUGGGAAUGCAGCAAUUUUUUCCAUUCCAUUCCAUUUACUUGCUGACACAGGAGUAAUUGAGCAGAACAGUGCUCAGAAUGUUGUCUACCGUACCGUAAACAACUCCUCCAUUGGGUUGUUCCUCGACAAUGGUCAGUUGACAUUCUUGCCAAGCAGCAACCACGUGGUGCUUAACGCGGAUGCACUGUCAGCCAUGGGCGGGGACCUGGCGACUGUCCCCGGGGAUGACAAGGUGAGUGACACGGCUCUGGGGCUGGAGCUGGACCUGGGGUACCUGGGCGGGGAUGUCCUGGUGCCGUCCCAGCCGCCCCGCAGCCCCGAGCUGGUGCAGCCGGAGUCCGGCGAUGAAGCUGGCGCCUCGCAGUGCGUGGAAGUGGAAGUCAGCAUCCAGGAGGGGUUGCAGCAGGCGGAGGCUGCCCCGCAGCCGCCGGACGACGUCGUGGGAGAUGAGAACGGCAUCACCUUCAACAUCACCAAAAUCAUUGUCCCGUCGCCGCGGCUGUCUAGCCGGCGUGGCCCAGGGCGGUCGCGCAAGAUCGACAGGGACAUCGAACCUCCUGUCGGGAAAGGCCCGUACAAGUGCCCAAUAUGCGUCCACGUGUUUGCGAAAUGGGCACAGCUGCGCCGCCACGUUAAGAUGCACAAAGAGGACAAACCGUUUGUGUGUCCGUUGUGCCCCGCUUCGUUCAACGUGGAGGCGAACCUAGUGCUUCACGAGGCGACACAUGAGCGAGACGACCCUCGCUGCCCCGAGUGCCACCGAAAGUUCACCCGCAUCGCCAGUCUGAAAGCGCACAUCAUCGUUCACGAGCGGGAGGAGAGCCUCUUUUGUCCUGCGUGCGGAGAUGAGUUCGCCACACAAGCUCAACUAGAGAGGCACAUGAAUGACCACAAAAUAUCAGAAUCAAAGGAGAAGGUUUUCCAGUGCCAACACUGCCACCAGCAGUUCAACCAAGUGUCGGUGUUGCGGGAGCACCUCCGACAACAUUACAAGGUAAAAAUAUCACUGUCCCACAAAUACCACAAGCGCAAUAUUGACCGCAGCUCAUUUGCACACAAGUGUGACAGCUGUACCAUGGCAUUCCAGAAGCCAAGCCAACUGCUGAGGCAUCGUCGCAUUCACACAGGCGAGCGACCAUUCAAGUGCACUGUCUGCAUGAAGGAGUUCAAUCAGAAAGGUUCUCUUCAGAUUCACAUGCAUAAACACAAUGGCAGAAAGCCCUACCCAUGUGAAUUCUGCUCUGCCAUGUUUAGCCAAAAAGGGAAUCUUCGCAUGCACAUAACACGUGUGCACACAAUCCCACGGUCUGGUGAGACUGUAUUCAAAUGUUCGGAGUGCUCUUGUGUGUUCCGCAAGUCUGGUAGUCUAAAUGCACAUAUGAGUCGCAAGCAUACAUCUGAUAAGAGAGUCCCUUGUGACGGGGAGAGGGUGGCGUUCACGGCGGGCGAGCUGAACUCCCACCUGAGCGCGGUCAUGUCCCACCUGACGGAGCUGCAGGCGGCGCUGGGGGAGCAGCCCCAGCCGAGCGACGCUGACAUCCUCCAGCAGGCGCUGGUGAACAGCGGCGUGUCCGGGGACAAGGCGGCACCUUCCGGCGAAAGUAUUCCUAAGCCAGUUUUGGAUGCUGAGAAGAAAGCAAAGCAGGGGAGUCAUAAAGAUGGAGUUGCAUCGUUCAUCAUGUUGGGUGACAAGGACGUCCAUGGCACAGUCAGGAGAUACAUUAUUCGUCAGAGGAAGGUAGGGAAUGUAAGGUGGCAUCAAUGUUCUUAUUGUUCUAAAGAGUUUAAGAAACCAUCGGACCUGGUGCGACACAUUCGGAUCCACACUCAUGAGAAACCCUACAAGUGCACUGGCUGCUUCCGAGCAUUUGCUGUGAAAUCUACAUUAAAAGCUCAUUUAAGAACUCACAUUGGUUUGAAAGAGUUUUCAUGCAACACAUGUGGAAAAUUAUUCUCAUCCAGUAGCAGCCUCAAGGUCCAUGAGAGGAUACACACAGGACUGAAGCCUUUCCAGUGCUCAGAAUGCCCCAAAUCAUUCCGGACAACAGGCCACCGCAAGGCGCACAUGGUGUCCCACAUUCGGCAAGUUAGCAGCAACACGUCGCUGGGACCAGUCGAAGAGGCCAUGCAGGAACCAAUAAUAAUUGCUGAAAAUGUACGAGGAUCCUUGAAAGUAGACACUGGAGAGGGAAGGAAAUACAAGUGCUACUUCCUCGGGUGCACGUCUGCAUUCCGCAAGUCGAGCCAUUUGAAGCAGCACAUACAGAGCCAUAGCAAUGAGCGGCCAUACGUGUGCAAGCAGUGCGAAAGGAGCUUCAACUCGAUGGGCACGAUGAAGUCGCACAUGCGCACGCACCAGCAGUCGAAGAACUUCAAGUGCGGCGUGUGCGGCAGCUCCUUCACGACGAACGGCAGCCUGAAGCGCCACACGGCCGUCCACAGCAGCGUUCGCCCGUUCAUGUGUCCGUACUGCCAGGAGACGUUCAAGCUGGUCUCCACCUGCCGCAUCCACAUCCGGGCUCACAAGAAGGAGCAGGCCUCCAUGCAGGAGCAGCAGCAGGAAACUAAUCAGGCAGUGAAGUCUGUGAGCGACAAAGAGCCAGCGACAUUCUCGACUAGUGACCUCAUGCCUGUCCCCGACUUCAGCCAGGCGUUCUCAGACCAGCCGUUCCAGUUCCCGUCUGAGGACAACAAUGAAGAAGGUUCAGCUUUCGUGGCAGAAAAUGUGAUGCCCUUGCUUGCUGCAGAUCAGAGUGCCGGAGGAGAAGCAGUUGAUUUGGGGCCCAAUGCCGGGACCCGCACACUUCAUGCGGAUGCUUCUGGGACCAUCACGCUGCCUCCCAUGGUCGGGCAGACUGCUCUGACACAGGAGAAUCUACAAGAGAUUGAGCGCACACUGAAUGAACAAAUAUUUGGGGCGACAGGAGAUGCAGUUGAAGAAACCAUCCCAGCAGCAGGAAGUAAGCCGGAUGAUCCCACUGACCUCGCCAGCUCUCUCUCUGCUGUCAAUGCCGUUUCACACCAAGCCUCGUUCACAUCUGCUUUUGAGUCUUGUGUGUUUCCUUCUGUCACCUUGCAGAACGACCCGCUGAGCCUGGAUGGCAUGGAGCCAGAGAACGCCCUCACGGCCAACAUGGCGACCAUCCUGACUGGUGCCGAGCCCUCGGCUGAAGAGAGUCAGCCCGAGGACGAGAUGUGCGAAGACCCUCUGGGCUCCGUCGAGGUGCACUAUGACUUGCAGGGAGAGGAAGUCAGCACCGACCAGCUGCAUCGCUGCUGUAAAUGUACAAUGAGCUUCAAGAAGGAAUCUCAGCUUAAGACACACAUGCUGUACCAUGCUGGUGAGAAAACAUAUAGCUGUAACAAGUGUCAUAAGCAGUAUAAUACCAACAGUGGCCUUAAGGCUCACAUGAAGAAACAUGAAGGUAAACUUCAUGAGUGCUCGGAGUGCGGUUCCAAAUUCAACACCAUUGCUGCCCUGACCAAGCACAUGUCUCGACACAGGGAGGAAAGGAAGCACAAGUGCGGCGUGUGUGGAGAGGCGUUCCAGACGGAGGCACGGGUGCUGCACCACAUCAAGUCGCACGCCUCGGAGCAGGAGGCGUUGCAAGUGGCGUCGCACCGCUGGCGUGGUCGGCAAGGGCGCCGGCCCCGCGGUGUGAUCCAGCUGAGCUCCGAGGAGACGGAGCAGCUGGCCCAGCGGCCGCCGGGCGAAGCGGCCAGUCUCUCCGAGGAGGUCCUCAUCGCCUCCGUGGCGGAGAAGGAUCGCAUAAGCGAGGUCAAGGAUCCUGAGGAAAGGUACCAGAUGGAACCACUGUUUGCACACCAGUGCAGCUACUGCCCGAAGAGCUUUCGCAAACCCUCAGACCUUGAGAGGCACAAGCGGAUCCACACGGGUGAGCGGCCAUUCAAGUGCCGCCAUUGCAGCAAAUCGUUCACUGUCAAGUCAACGUUGGUGAGCCAUUUGAAGAUUCAUGAGGGCAAGAAAAUGUUUGACUGCCAUGUGUGCGGCUGUCUGUUCUCCACCAAAGGAAGUCUCAAGGUGCACAUGAGGCUUCAUACAGGUGCAAAGCCAUUUAAAUGCCCUUUGUGCGAUUUAAGAUUCCGCACAUCUGGUCAUCGCAAAGCACACGUUGUGAGCCAUGUUCGUAACUUGAGUGGCCAAGGAAAGGGCAAGCAUCGUGGAGCGCAAACAAAAGACACCGUUGAAGCAGCCCAGCCGGAAGCUGAAACUGAAAAUGCGACGGAAAAGCUGCCUGGUAACGAGACUCCAUCAGAGCAGUCUGAAAAAGAAACCGUAAACCAUUCAUCUGAGUCUGUGAACCUUUCAAGUGAAGUUGUAAACCCUGCGGAUGAAAUUGUUUUGGACCCUUCAUUGUUAGUGACGAGUAAUGAAGAAAUAUUGGGACCCCAUUCCGCUUUAACUGCCGUUAAUAAUUUGCAGUUUCAUCUACCGGAAGGUCUCACGAUUUUGACGGAUGAUGCCGGUAAUAGGUUCGUAGCUGCUCACUCGUUCCAGCUGGACGGAAAUUAUCUCCAGCAGAUACAGACAUCGACUGGGCUCAUCACGCAGGGUUUGGAGAGUCAGCCUGUGGCAUCAGCUGGAGAAGAUGGGGUCACUUUCGAGAUCCACACAGACCAGAAUGGACAGAUUGUGGACAUAGUCUCCAAGGGCACAGUUUUCCAGGUGCCGGAGGAACAGCACACCGUGGCUCUCACAGCUGCCAGCGACCACAUGUUGGCUUCCACGACAAGCCAAGCUCGCAAGACAGACGACCACCAGCAUAGGUGUUCCGUGUGCGAUAAGUACUUCGCAAAGCCAUCGCAGCUCGAGCGUCACAUUCGGAUCCACACGGGUGAGCGGCCAUUUACCUGCCAGCAGUGCGAGAAGACGUUCAACCAGAAGAGCGCACUUAACACGCACCUUAAGUGCCACAUGGGUGAGCGGCCGCAUGUCUGCCCGCACUGUAACCUUGCAUUUACCCAAAAGGGGAACCUGAAAACACACAUCCGGCGCGCACACCGCUUUUACCUUGCGUCGGAUGUUUCAGCCAAGAACUUGGGGCGCGACCUAUUCCCUCGAAUAAAGAAUGGUACCGUUGCUUCUGUAGAUCCUUUGACGUGAAACUGGUGUUCAAGCUGAAUCUGCCAGGCAUUUUGUGUAAAUGCUCAUACCCAGUUGUCAUUCAGUUGGUUCUGACAUCUUGAGUUUUGCAACCCACCUAUCUGUGUUUGUGGUAAUGCUUUGUUUUCCAUUCUGUACCAGUAUAAAACUUGCAUUUGAGAUUUACCUCGCUUUACUUAAUACUCUCUCAUUUGGUGCAAUGCGUAAGGUUCACACUUCGCUUUUUAUAACUUUGGCUGGCUUAAGAUUUGGCGAAGCUGAAUAUUAAUUUUUUCAUGCAAAUUCAAUGAAAAAAGUUUGGUUAUACCAAUUCUAAUUGGACAUUUGUAGGAAAUCUGAUUAAAUCAAAUAUAUAAAAAUUUUGGCAGUUAGGUUUAUGUAGACUUUUUAUCUUAAAAGUAUAUAGUUGUGCUAUAAGUACAUUCUUAAAGUUAUAAUACAGUGGAGCAUCGAUUAUCCAAAACAAUUCGGGACUGGAGGUGUUUGGAUUACUAAUUUUUUGGAUAACCGAUUUUUUACAAAAACAUUUGUACCAGCGUCAUAGGAACAAUUUGAAACAAAGAAACUGUGAUUUUAAACACACAACUGUUUAUGUAUGUAAACCAUAUUGUGCAUCACACAUCUUAAGAAUACAGUUGUACCUACUUAAUAAAUACAUUACGUAAAAUAUGUAAGCCUACAGUUUAGGAAAAGGAUUCCAAAAUUGUAUUGUGGUUCAAAGCCGAGACUCAAGCUAAAUCCGCACAUGUUUUUAACACAGCAAUUAUUGGACAGCAUUAAUUUCUUCUUUAGGUGCUACCACUUCAUAGCCGUCUCAAGGCAAUGAAAAGCUUCUGCGCUGGAUGGUUCUUUGUCAGCACAGUUGUCAUCACUAAGCUCUUCCUCGUCGUUGCAAGGGACUUGGUCGUUAAUGACACUGGCAAUGAUUUUAUCUUCCAUCAAUACUUGAUGGCCAGGGUCAUUGGCAUCACAUUGAAUGUUUUCCUUUUCCACAUUCUUCAAAACCUAAAGAUUCUUUAAUCGCCCCAGCCAGUUCUGAUCAAAAUUGGCUGUUUGGUGACUCUUCCAAGUGCAGUAAUAGAAUCAUAUGAUGGAAGGAGCUUAUUACAAGCUUUUUUGCUAGUUUAGUGUCCUUGACAGUGGUCCAUGCAUCUGCUGACAUUUACACAGCAUCUUUCAAGAUAAUUUUGAUGUACAUUUGCUGAAUUGUUUUUUCGUAUUCUUCCCCGAUCAUAACAAUAUGCAGCAAUGCCUUUCUGUAAUGUUUGAAGCUUUCAAUAAUCCCUUGGAGGAUUAAAUACCAUUGGGAAGCAAAAAAACUUUAAACUUUCCAUCUUCUCUUUCAAGUUUGAAAGUUUCUAUUUCCAGUUCCAGAAAGGUUUUAGAAAUCACUGCUUUAUCAAUCAAUAAAAUUAUUCCAGAAUUCCCAAUUGUAACCAGAUGAUUUUUUACUUCAGGGAUAAACAUUAUGUCAUACCAUUUUUUAAAAAUGUUCAUAUCUAUCUAUAAAUUCUUUUGUUUUUUAGGUGACAGGCAAUUUUUCAACCCCCGUAAAACACCGUAUAUUUUUAGAAUAACCUAUGAGUAGCCAAGGUAGCUUGUGCGUUCCAGUAACAUUUGUACAUGCCAUAGUAGUGAUGUGUUAUCUGCUUGCCUUAAAACCAUUCUUAGAAACUAGGGAUUAUGUUUGCAUUUUCUUCCAGUACAAAUGCAAAAAAAAAAAUAUAUUAAUUUUUUUUAUUUAUAGUCCUCUGUUUCAGUACUUUUUAAGAGAUGCUAUGAAAUGUUCAGCUACUUCAGUAUCAGCUGACAGUUUUCACCCCGGAUGUCCAUUUCCCUAACUCUAUGUCUGGAUUUGAAAUGCAUAACCCCUAAUUUCUUGUUUAUGUAAAGUGUUUUUCAACAAAUUGAAGAGCCACUUAUUUGUUUUCAUUGGCUACAUACCUUCAUGAGCCAUGUGUAAACUGCAUUAUCUAAAUCCAGGUUUCCUGCCAUCUUCAUUGUUUUUCUGUGCAAGCUUCAGUCUUCACUGUCAACAUCAUUUGCAAAUUUUGUAAUGGCAUCUUUGUUAUUUUUAAUGUCCAGUAAUGUGGCAUUUCCAAUUUCAUAUUCCCGAGUUAGGCUUGAUUCACUAGCACCAUUCAAUUGAGCUAUUCUAAGUUUAUCGUAAACACUGAGUAUAACGCAGUUACGUUUAGUACGGCAUGAUACGUCACAAGCAAGGCUGACAUGCCACUGAUGACUCAACGUUGCUCACAUAGGCUGGUUGGUAGGGAGUUGGAAAGUGCUGCAGCACCAUAGCACUAGCACCCGUGAGCAAAACUAUAUGGCGUGCAAACAACACUUUCAUUUCACACAUGUUUCGGUUGAUCAGUAUUCAGAUAAUCGGUGCUCUACUGUAGUACCAUUCAUACUCACUCGAGUACAGGAUUUAGGUACUUUAUUUUAUCUCCUUUCCAUUGUGUAGAUCCCACCACAGUAAUUUACCUUACUAGCUGAGUACAUUAAUCAGUAACUACCAGGGACUAGCUGCUACCUGCACAUCAGAUAGAUAUUGCUGACCUCUGCAGACAAUUCACAAUGCUUAUUGUUAUUAAGAAUAUUGGUGAUCAAUGAAUCUUCCUGGCAAAUGUAACAUGCACACUAUUUAGCAAUGCUGGACUUGUAUUCUCCCAAAUAAUUAUGGGAUGCAAAAAGUUAUGUAUUGAUAAUUAAAACUACUAACAAGCAUUGUCAACCUUUUUUUUUUUAGUAGUUUUUCAAGUAUACUAACCUUCUCUUCAACUAUCAUCCUAGGAGGGGAUAUGAAGGGUAAUUGCAUUUACUGGAUGUGUUUUACACUUGGCUGACUUACACCUAAGUGAAACAAUCCAAGAACGUGGUCAUUUUGUCUUUCACCUACAUAUUUCUUUACCAGGCAGUCUGCAUUUUAUUGAACUAGUUUUGAAAGCAUUGGCUCUGAAUCAUGUACAGAAUACGUCUGCUAGCGAUCAGGUUUUCAUGAGGAAUUUUUGUUAUUUACAACAUUAGUUUUUACAGUGUCUUGUACGGCCAUGUGUGAGUGAUACCUUGUAGUGGACUGGCGGUUGACUUAAUACUGUAUUCAGUUUACCUAUGCAAUACAGUAACAUCAAGGGCAUAUGAAAGUUAGGACUGCAAUUCAUGCGAGUUGAGCUUGUGAAGAUAACUUGCUACAUAAUAUGCAAUGUGGGUGAACACCACAGUGCUCAGAAUAAAGUCUGACAAAGUUAUUGUUUGGUGUCUUUUCAUUCUUAGAAGGCUCAGAUUUACUUUUUUUUAGGCACUUAUAUUAUUGCUACACAACUAUUUACUAUAAUUUUGGCUUGAGAAUUAGAGGUUCAAUUAAUUUUAUUCAUUGUGCAACAUAAAGAUCUGUUUAAAAUCUUAUUUUAGUUAAGAUAAUUUUAAAUCUUUCCAUUUUGAAUAAUAUUUAUAUGAUUCUUUUACUUGAAAUGCCUAUAAUCUAAAUGGAGAUACAUUUGAUAUUUAAUGUGAUCUUACAUUUAAGGUUGCAAUAGAUUUGGGCUGUUUUUUUUGUAAAGAUUUUGUUUACUAGUUUGCCUUAUUUAUUAUAGUGGUUUCGUUUCUAUAUAUGUGAGGAAUUUAUCAUUCCUUUUAUUAAUAAAUUUUUUUAUCGUAACAUUGAAUUUUGACUAAGUUCGUUGUAAAAAAAAAAGAAA